GGCCGGAGGAGGGGCAUGAGUGGGGAGGAGACGGAUGGCUGGAGAUGCACAUUCAUUAUCAUGUGAAGAGCUGGAGGAGGGAGAGAGAUAGACAAGGAGCCAUAGGAGAAGGGAGGCACAGGAGGUGGCAGACACAACAGUCCUCUCUCAGUCAGGGGAUUCCAACAACACACGGCACAGUCCUCUCAGGCACAGGAGCAUCGAGGACAACACUCUGCGGUGCAUGUGGCUCUCAGACAUGUACCUCAGCUGAGGCUGUAAGAGGGUGGGCAAGCUUGGGGAGGUGUCUGGGCUUUCCUAUUGGGGUUUCACCUCCAGACAAGAAACUCACUCCCCUGCAAGGAGAGCUCCGCCCCACAGCUGGCACCAUCAGGGCAUGCCCAGGGUGGGCACGGCGAGCUGGCCAGCAUUUUCCCUUGCUGUCUGAACAUGGGCAACAUUUCCUCUAACAUCUCCUCCUUCCAGUCACUGCACAUUGUUAUGCUGGGUUUGGACUCUGCCGGGAAGACCACUGUACUAUACCGCCUCAAGUUCAAUGAAUUUGUGAACACCGUGCCCACCAUCGGCUUCAACACAGAGCGGAUCCGGCUGAGCAAUGGUGCUGCAAAAGGCAUCAGCUGCCACUUCUGGGAUGUGGGGGGUCAGGAGAAGCUGCGACCACUCUGGAAGUCGUACAGUCGCUGCACGGAUGGGAUCAUUUAUGUAGUGGACUCAGUGGAUUCAGACCGGCUGGAAGAAGCCAAAACUGAACUGCACAAGGUGACCAAGUUCGCAGAGAACCUGGGCACCCCCCUCUUGGUUAUUGCAAACAAGCAGGAUCUGCCCAAAUCCCUGGCUGUGACUGAGAUUGAGAGGCAGUUGGCAUUGCAAGAACUGAGCCCUUCUACCCCUUAUCAUGUGCAGCCAGCUUGUGCAAUCAUUGGAGAGGGGCUGACUGAGGGCAUGGACAAGCUUUACGAGAUGAUCCUAAAGAGGAGAAAGACCCUCAAACAAAAGAAGAAACAGCGAUAAUGACAGGUACUGAGCUCUGGGUGAUACUCCACCAAAGAUGCCUGUGCAUACAUAUGCCCACAUAAUAAUGGCUACUAGGCUGCCAACACAUCUGAAAUCUAGAUGGCCCCCAGGGGCCCCAUAUUAGGAGGACUUGUGAACCUCUGUUGCUGGUUUAUUGAACAGAACUAUGUAUUGCUUCACGGGCCAUCAGGAAUGACUGGGCCCAGUACAGUUCUACUGUCCCCAAAGGCUGCUGUGUUGGUCAACAUGGCUUGGGCAUAUUUGGGCUAAUUUCCAAUGGAUUAUUAAGGAUUAAACUUGAUGGACUCAUGUUUUUCUUUUCCAGCCCAAUGAACAAUAUUAAAGAAUGAAAGAACAAUCUCCUUGCACUGAGUGAUAUGAGCUGGACCUUGUUUCACCAGUGGGACUUGAUUUAACCCUUAGCAGGGCAGGACCCUGCUGUUUAACCCCUUUUGUGCUAAGGGAGACUCAUUAUUGCAGUGCAAUAUGCUGACAACUCCCCCAGCUCCAAUUAUGGAUUAAAACCUUUACUAUAUAUAUAUAUAUAUAUAU